UGCGAAAGAACAUCGAUGUUCCUGCGCAAAACUUACAACCCAAAGCCAAAAGCAGGAAGGAUCUUCUUUUGCCGGCGUGGGCAUGGAGCCAACCCUUUGGUGCCUCUGUCUCGCUCUCACCCUCUCUCUCCUCUAUCUCCUCGCAACCACAAGAGGGAAGCACUCCCGCAACAGCCGCCUCCCCCCUGGCCCGACCCCGCUCCCUCUCUUUGGAAGCCUAUUCGAACUCGGCCGCGAUCCCCACCGCUCCCUGGCUCGCCUUGCCAAGACUCAUGGCCCCGUAAUGUCUCUCAGGCUCGGCCUCGUCACCACCGUUGUCGUCUCCUCGCCCGACGCCGCCCGAGAGGCCCUCCAGAAGAAGGACCCCGACCUCGCCUCCCGCUGUGUCCCUGACGCCAUCCAAGUCCCUGGCCACUACGAGGCCUCACUGAUAUGGAACCCCCACAACCAGCUAUGGAAAAACCUCCGCGCCAUCAUCAAGUCGCAUCUUUUCACCACUCGAAGGCUGGAUGCCACCCAAAGCCUCCGGCGCCAAAAAGUUCAGCAGCUCGUCGGAUACGUGCGGUGCCAUGCCGGGCAGGCCGUCGACAUCGGCCAGGCCGCUUUUGCUACCUCGCUUAAUGUAAUAACGAGCACGUUUUUCUCCGUCGAUCUUGUUGACCUCGACUCGGACAGAGCCGGAGACUUCAUGGAUAUCGUGUCAGCAAUCAUGGAAGAAGUUGGAAGGCCGAACCUAUCAGACUUCUUUCCGCUGCUCAGAGUGAUUGACCCGCAAGGCCUGAGGCGUCGAGUGACCGCACACCUUGGAAAGCUAUACAAACUCUUCGACCAGAUGAUAGAUAGCCGCCUGGAGGGCGUGAUGACGGAUCGCAAAACAAACAACACACGACACGACUUCUUAGACGAACUUGUCCAUCUCCACAUCCAAGAAGACGACACCAGGCUGGACAGACAGACAAUCAAAACUUUACUUGUGGACAUGUUUCUUGCUGGGAGCGACACGAGCUCGAACACCGUGCAAUGGGCCAUGGCGGAGUUGCUCCGGAACCCCAGCAGCAUGGCCAAAGCCCAAGCGGAGCUUGCCAAAGGAAUUGGCUAUCAAAGAGAAGUAGAGGAAUCGGACAUUGCUGGGCUGCCGUUCCUCCAAGCAGUGGUGAAGGAGACCCUCCGGCUUCACCCGCCGGUCCCGCUCUUGCUGCCUCACAAGGCCGAGACAAACGUGGAGCUGGGUGGGUAUGCCGUUCCAAAGGGCACACGGGUGCUGGUGAAUGCGUGGGCGAUUGGUCACGACGGCGACGUGUGGGAGGAUCCGGAGUCGUUUAAGCCCGAGAGGUUCUUGGAGAGUGAUGUGGAUUUCCGGGGCGGAGAUUUCGAGCUGAUCCCGUUCGGGUCUGGCCGCCGUCUUUGCCCCGGGAUGCCGCUGGCGUUUCGGACGGUGCACCUGAUGCUGGGCUCGCUGCUGCAAUCCUUCGACUGGAAGCUGCCGGAGGGGAUGCAACCGAGCGAUGUGGACAUCACGGAGAAGUUUGGUGUCACACUGGCUUUGGCUGCGCCUCUUCGGGCUGUGGCCGUGCCGACAGAGUACGCAAGAACAAGUGACAAAUAGUUGGUGCAGGGAAGUUGAACGACGCUUAAUAACAUCUCCAGAAAUUAAACUGCUUUCCCUUUAUAUAUUAUUACUUUUUGAUUCGAAUUCAUGAUAUUACUUCUAAUAACAUCUUUAUUGUCCUUCUGUAGUAAAAUUCGGGUGGUUGUGCCUCCCUUUUCCUCUAUGUUGUUUUUUUGAUGAAAAUGGGAGGCUAAUCACCAUCCAGACCUUAUCCUCUAUGUUGUUUUCAGGAUGUUAGAUCUGAUAAUAUUUGGCCUUUGUAUGCAAUGCAAAAUGUGUGACGGUUCUUCCAAACCGGAAGUUUACACUA